AUGGCAACCGCUGCUGCUAUGCCCAUACCUACACCCGCUGGCGCGACUGCGAUUCCGGCAACUAUCUCGUCCCGUAAGACUGCGCGCCCUGCCGCCCGUAUCUCACUAGCCUCGUUGACUCCGAAUAACCUCGGCACACUCAGAAAACUUAACUCUGUUUUAUUUCCUAUUCGUUACUCUGAGAAGUUCUACAAGGAGGUCCUUGAGCCUGAGCUGGACGAAUUCUGUAAACUAAUCUAUUACAACGAUGUUCCUGUGGGAGCAGUAUGCAGUCGUAUUGAGAGGGGGCGCAUGCCAGGAGAGGCUUGUGUAUACAUUAUGACAAUGGGCGUGCUUGCUCCAUAUCGUGGUCUCGGUUUGGGCUCAAUGGCCCUCCAGCAGGUGUUCAACGCUGCUGCACAAUACAACGGGUCGAUCGGUGACAAGCCACCCAUCGGCACACCUCCACAAUCAUCCACGAUCUCGUUCAACGCGCUCAACCGCAAGAUUACGUCAUUCUACUUACAUGUCCAUGUGCCCAAUACCGACGCCCGAACGUUCUACGAGCGAUAUGGCUUUGUCGAACGCGAGCGUAUUGAGGGGUAUUAUCGCAAAUUGGGAUCGAGUGAUGGUCCUGAGCGCGACGCGUGGGUUCUCGAGAGACCCGUCACGACCGAGACAAACGGAACAGAUUGA